AUGUCUGAUUAUUCUCAUGAUGAGGAUCAUGAUCCUCAAUCUGAUGAGCUCCGUGAAACUGCUUUAGUUACCCUUGAAGCUUUGAUUAGCUCCUGUAAUCAGCAAAUGCAACCGUACCUGACCAACACAACCAACGCCGCUCUCCGAUUCCUCAAAUAUGAUCCCAACGUUGCCGAGAUGGAAGAUGACGAAGAAAUGGGGGGAACUGAGGACGAUGGGAGUGAGGACGACGCGACCGAGGACCCUGACAUGGACGAUGAAUUUGAAGACUUCGAGGAGGAAGACGGAUACAGCGAUGUUGACGAUAUGAGUUGGAAGGUCCGCCGAUGUGCUGCCAAGCUCCUCUACAGCCUUAUUUCAAACUUUGGGCGCAACAGAGGUCUGGAUGAUGCCACUCUGUAUCAGCAAGUCGCUCCCGCCUUGAUCUCCCGCAUCAGCAGGGAGCGGGAGGAAGGUGUGAAGUUGGAGGUGGUCUCUACACUGACGGCCUUGGUGCGCAAAACGAGUGAAGGAUCUAUUGUUCUCACAUCGACUGGGUAUCUGGAUGCAGUUGGUGGUUCCAAGAACUCCCGCAAACGACGACGCCAGGACAGUGAUGCCAGCAUGGUGGACUUUGAGCCUGGUGUUGGCGCCUCCUCAGCUAUCGAUUCCCCAGUUGUUCCUUCAUCCCCCAAAUCCGGGCCUCAGGCUGACCUGGCUCGCUCCGUACCUUCAAUCGUUCAAAGCAUUGUCAAAAUUUGGAAGUCAGCCUCCAUCCCUUUACGCCAGGCCGCAAUUGUUCUACUAAAGAAUCUUGCAUUGGUUCGCUACGGAGGCCUUGCCAAUCACCUGCAGCAGAUCGAGGAUCUGAUUGCAGACUCUUUGAAAACGUCUUCCUUGUCUGGUACCUCAGCUAUCCACUCUAGUGCGGCUGUAAGCGCAGGUACAUUGCAGAUUGAAACGCUUGGCCUGAUUUCCGCCAUUGCGGAGACACACCUGACGGAAGCCUUACUUCCAUUCUUGAUUGCACUUGUGCCGGCUGUUGUGGAUACUGUGGAUGAACGCAACUACAAAGUCAGCAGUGAGGCUCUAGGCUCCGUCGAACACAUUGUGAAAGCAAUGACACCACCCCGUGUCUCUGCCAAUGGCCCUGAUGUUGCUACCCAUUUGGAGAAGCUGUAUGAAGUUGCCUAUUCCCGUAUCACCGAUACUAGCGCCGACCUUGAAGUUCGCCAGCGAGCUAUCCACGUCUUUGGCGUCGUCUUAGCUCGUACGUCAGGCGAACGUGGUACAGAAUAUCUCUCGAUCGACCACCGAUCUAGGGGUCUUUCUGUCUUGGUCGAUCGUGUAAAGAAUGAGACAACUCGUUUUGCAGCUGUCCGUGCCAUUGACGAUGUGGUUGUCCUCGCUGGUCACAAGAACGAUGUGAACAGCGAUUGGGUCAAUACUGUCACCAUCGAGCUGAGCGCCAACCUGCGCAAGGCUGACAGAGCAUUACGCAGUUCAUGCCUUGAAGCGCUUCGUAGCAUUGCAAUGAACAGCAAUACCCGAUCGCAUAUCAGUAUCACCACCAUGGUUGAGCUUGAGACUGCGCUCUUCCCACUCUUGUCAACACCCGAUUUCCACCUCCUCACACCCAGUCUCAUAAUUGUUGCGAAGCUUGUCCCAGGUAACUCGCAGACUCUUGUGAAUGCUGAGCUCAUUACGUCGAUAUGUUCUAUUGUCAAGCAACCCCUUGUGGGCAUCGUCCUCAAAUCCCUGCUCCUCCUGGUGAAGGUUGUUGGCGAUGAAGGUGCAGGGGCAGACUUAAUGCAGCGUCUGCUACAGGAUGUCGGCAUCUCCGGCGAUCCCUCUGUCGUUGGUCGGGCUAUUGGUACCUUGUUGGUGCAUGGUGGCCCGAAGCUUGGCAUCACGAUGGAUGACUUCUCUACCGAGUUACAGACCGCACGAGACGAUGGUCGUAAAUGUCUGGCGCUAGCGAUUCUGGGGGAGAUCGGGUUGCGGAUGGGAAAUGGUUGCAAGCUCACCCCCGAUAUUUUCAUUGCCCAUUUUGACUCUCAGUCUGAUCAUGUUCGCUUGGCCGCUGCCACUGCCCUCGGAAACGCGGCGGCGGGAAGUGUGAAAGCAUACCUGCCAAUCAUUCUGAAUGGCCUCGAAAAAUUCAACCCUCAAAGCUAUUUGCUCCUACACUCUGUUCGGGAGUUGCUUCAACAUGUCGAAGUGCGCUCUGGGUUGACUGCGUCUGCUCUUGCUCUUUGGCAGGCCCUGCUCCUUGUUUCGCAAGAGGAGGACAACCGCGCUGUGGGCUCAGAAUGCAUUGGACGACUUGCCCUCAUCGACCCUAUUGCCUAUAUCCCUCACUUCCAGGAAAAUCUCGCCAAUCCUGACCCCGUAAUCCGUGGUGUAGUCAUAUCGGCAUUCCGAUAUACGCUGGCCGACUCCAGUCAUGCCUUUAACGAUGCUCUUCGUCCAUUGAUCGUGCCUCUCCUGACAGCCAUGCUAGGAGAUAAGGACCUGGGCAACCAUCGCCUCGCAUUAACCACUCUCAACUCUGCUAUGCACAACAAGAUGGCUUUGCUUCUGCCACACCUGGACGAAUUACUUCCUGCUGUCUUUGACGACACUCACAUCAAGCAAGAGCUGAUUCGUGAGGUGCAAAUGGGUCCAUUCAAGCACAAGGUGGAUGAUGGACUUGACUUGCGUAAGAGUGCCUACGAAACUCUUUAUGCAUCUCUUGAUACCUCAUUCUGCCAGAAUCACCUAUCGGAUCUCUUUGAACGUGUCAUUUCUGGUGUUGGAGAUGAGCAAGAUAUCCGUGCAGUCAGCAACAUGAUGACCUCCAGGCUUAUUACCUUGGCGCCAGAAGAGACGGAACGCCGCCUGGAUGAGCUCUCUGAGAAGUACACUGCUGUGCUACUCUUCAAACUCAAAGAUAACGCUGUCAAGCAAGAGUUGGAGAAGGCACAGGAGGCAUCUCUGGGAAUUCUCAAAAUAACCAAGCAGCUCAGUAAUGCAUACCCAGCAGCUGAGAAAUCGCGCGAGGCACUUAAGUGGAAAGGAUACAUGGAACUAGUGCGAAGCAAGUUCAACUCACAGUUCCUGGCUGUCGAUGUGGAUCUGUGA